CAAAAGUAUCGAUCCCCGUGAGUGGAAAAAGCCACUUCAGUCUCUUUCCGAGAGAUGAGACUUUUAAUCCCACGCGAUUAACAUUCUCCCAAACAAAGCCAAGAUCGAGAAACCCAGAAACAAAAUUUUAGACUUUAGAUUUGAUACCUGUUUCGUGGUUUCUGGGAAUUCUCGUUUGUUGAUUAUUGACAUCGAAAGCUUUGUCCUUUCCAUGAAGUUCUUCGAUCAAGUGGAGGAAGCACACAUUUUGAAUUUGUCUUCUUGAUGGCUAUCUCGUGGACACACCCCUUGAAAAACAGCGAAAAUCAGAUCUGGAUCGAUUUCUCCAAUUAAAUCUUCGUGGGUGUUGUCGAUAAGACAAUCUUUAUGGGUCUCUGAGACAUGUCUGUAUCUAGCGGCAACGGGGGUGGUUGUAGUGUAGUGUGGUUCAGAAGAGAUCUAAGGGUCGAAGACAAUCCGGCGCUAACGGCGGCUGUCCGUACCGGCGGCGGCACCGUGGCGGUGUUCGUGUGGUCGCCGGAGGAAGAAGGGCAUUAUCAUCCAGGGAGGGUGUCGAGGUGGUGGCUGAAACAGAGCUUGGCUCAUCUCGAUUCAUCUCUCAGGAGCUUAGGCACUUGUCUCAUCACCAGAAGAUCCACUGAUUGUGUUUCUUCUCUUCUCGAUGUUGUCAAGUCCACUGGUUCAACUCGGCUCUUCUUCAACCAUUUGUACGAUCAAUUGUCGCUGGUGAGGGAUCAUCGGGUCAAGGAGGUGCUGACCAAGCAUGGGAUACACGUGCAGUCAUACAAUGCAGAUUUGCUAUAUGAACCGUGGGAAGUGAACGACAAUGAAGGCAGACCCUUCACCACUUUUGUGCCCUUUUGGGAGAGAUGCCUCAGCAUGCCUUAUGACCCCGAGCCUCCGCUUCUCCCCCCCAAAUCCAUAAUCUCUGGAGAUGUCGCUGGAUGCCCUUCUGAUGCAUUGGUAUUUGAAGACGAGUUGGAGAAAGCGAGCAAUGCCCUUCUUGCACGAGCGUGGUCUCCUGGAUGGAGCAAUGCGGACAAGGCCCUCGCUACAUUCAUAGACGGUCCACUGAUCGAAUACUCCAAAAACAGCCGAAAAGCUGAUAGUGCCACAACCUCAUUCCUCUCCCCACACCUGCAUUUUGGCGAGGUCAGUGUAAGGAAGGUGUUUCACCUUGUAAGGAUCAAGCAGGUCAUCUGGGCAAAUGAAGGGAACAAAUGUGGCGAAGAAAGCAUCAAUCUUUUCCUCAAAUCGGUCGGUCUGAGAGAAUACUCGAGGUAUCUGAGCUUUAACCACCCAUACAGCCACGAGAGGCCUCUUCUCGGGCAUCUGAAACUGUUCCCAUGGGUUGUGGAUGAAAGCUACUUCAAGGCCUGGAGACAAGGGCGGACGGGUUACCCACUGGUAGAUGCCGGGAUGAGGGAGCUGUGGGCAACGGGUUGGCUGCAUGAUCGGAUACGUGUGGUGGUCGCAAGUUUCUUCGUGAAAGUUCUUCAGCUUCCAUGGAGAUGGGGGAUGAAGUACUUCUGGGAUACCCUUUUGGAUGCUGAUCUUGAAAGCGACGCCCUUGGUUGGCAAUACAUCUCGGGUACUCUCCCCGACGGGCGUGAGCUCAACCGUAUAGACAAUCCGCAGCUUGAAGGAUACAAGUUUGAUCCCGAUGGAGAAUACGUUCGGAGGUGGCUUCCAGAACUUUCCAGACUCCCGACAGAGUGGAUUCACCAUCCAUGGGAUGCUCCAGAAUACGUGCUUCAAGUGGCAGGUGUGGAGCUUGGAUCUAACUAUCCACGACAGAUUGUGAGCAUAGAUGCAGCAAAAGCCAGACUAGAAGCAGCCUUGUCCCAGAUGUGGCAACAAGAAACAGUCAUGAAUGAAGACGAAGGGCUUGGAGAAACAUCUGAGACAAUUCACUUCCCAGAAGAUACGGUCAUGGCGGCAGAAGAGCUGUCUGAAACCACGGCAAAUGGGUUCAAUCCUCCGCAGCCAAAUCCAAUGGCGGCAAUGAGGCGUUACAUGGAUCAGAUGGUUCCAAGUAUGACUGCAUCAUCGUUCAUAACAGGAGGAGGAGGAGGAGGAGGAGGAGAAAUUGCAGAAGAAGAAUCUUCCUCUGCGAGCGUGAGAAACUCGGGAGGAGAAGUCCCGAGGAACAUGAAUCUGAACGUGGUCGGAAACGAAGAAGGAAGAACAGAAACUGUGUUGAACAGAGAGGUCGUGGAGAUGAAUGAUCAUCGGGAAGAUUCCACGGCCGAAUCUUCUAGAAGGGAAGGAGGGGUGGUUCCUGUCUGGUCUCCGACUGGUUCGACUUUCCCCGGCGAAGACAAUGGGACAGAGACGAGCCCUGUGUUAUUGGAGCCACGCCAUCAGUCUCAUCAGAUCAAUUGUCGUCGAAGACUCACUCGGACCGGUUGAUUUACAUAUAUAUGUAUGUAUGUGUGUGAACUUAACGUAAGUUUUUCAGUGAAUCUGUAGUUGUACUUGUACAGAGGAGACGUUAAAAUAGUUUAUGCAGAAUCUAAGUGGCUAAAAUAAACUUUUAAUUUCUGUAAUAA